CGGCACCCUUCACCUAAAAAAAAAAGAAAAAAAAGUGCUCACCGAUGCGGCUCGUGUCCACCUGCUCCGUCUAGUCGCGACACCCGCACAGCUCUGGUUCGCAGUCGCAGCGAUGGCGCCCAACCACCGCCCCCGCGACCUGCUCCUUCUCGCCGCGGCGCUCCUGCUCUCCGCCUCCUGCGCCGCCGCCGCCGACUUCGAGUACUGCAAAAAGGGGCGCCACUAUCCGGUGAAGGUGAGUGGUGUGGAGAUCGUCCCCGACCCCGUCGUGCGCGGCGAGCCCGCCACCUUCAAGAUCUCCGCCUCCACCGAUAAAACCAUCACCAAAGGGAAGCUGGUAGUAGAUGUGUGGUACUUCUUUUUCCACGUCGAUUCAGAGACUCAUGACUUGUGUGCUGGGACUCCCUGUCCCGCAACAGGUGAAUUCGAACUAACCAGCGAACAGACCUUGCCAUCUUACACCCCACCAGGUUCUUACAGCCUCCAGAUGAAGCUGAUGGGAGACAAGAACGAGGAGCUGACCUGCAUCUCGUUCGGGUUCAGCAUCGGGUUCGUCGCGCCUGUCGCCAUUAUGUGAACCAAAUAUGUGCCGCGAACCAAACGCACCCUUGGUUGCAGUUGCAAAGAGCUAGCACAUCACGUAUGUAUGUAUGUACCUGCAGAACUCUCUGAAUCACCCCGAGUGAGAGAACCUAUGUUGGACUGAGCCGUUUUAUUCAGAGUUGCUGCCAGUGCUGGUUUUCAGAGUGUCGAAUGUCGGUUUGUGUGUGUUCUACAUGUAUCGCUGGGCUGGGUGGUUGCUUUCGACGAAUCAUGGGCGUUUUGGGUGAUUAGUUGGGGCCGCUGCCGCAUUCAUCCGUGGAGGACCUGUCGUGGGUUGCUGCUAGCACGCUGUCCACCCAGGCAGAGAAGAUAGCGCCGCACUGUCUGUCAAGCACCUACAAAUGCUGUCUAUGUACUCUGAUGAAAGCUCCUUUUUCUUCUGCUCCA